AUGCUUGCCCCUCGAAAAACACUUCACUCGACGCCGUUGAGUAUAUUCCGCCGGGCGCUUGAGCUUGUGCAUGUCGAUACUUCCGACGUCGUCUACGACUUAGGAUGCGGGGACGGCCGCCUCCUGAUUGAGGCUGCGCUGAGCUUUGGUGUGCGCGCCGUGGGCGUGGAGAUCGAUUCGAAGCGGGUGCAGCAAGCGCGGGACGCCGCAAAGGCCAACGGCGUUGAGCACUUGGUAACAGUGCAUGAGGCCAACGCGCUGGAAUAUAGAAUACCCGUCGAAGCCACCAUCGUCUUUUUAUUUCUCAUCAGCCGCGGCCUGUCACUGGUGCGGCCAAAGCUAGAGAAGCUGCAAGCGUGUCGCGUGAUCACGUACCUCUAUCUGAUCCCAGGUCUCAUGCCUUUGGAAAAGCACUACUUAUCAGCAAGAGAACCAGUGCGAAAUAAACGAGAGGCGACUAUUGAAGCCGAGUUUGGUAAAUAUUCGGCAGGCUUAAUCGACGUGGUAUUUCCAGUGUACUUUUACCACUUCCCCACACUAACGCAAUCUGCCAAAAAUCUGCCAUGA